AUGAAUGAUGAACAUGAUGUAAAUGAAUUUAAGCAAAUUUAUAAUGAUUUAAUUCAAGAACGCGAUAAAUUAGUAAAUGAAAUAACCCAAUUACGUCAUGAACUUGAUGAAAAUGCGUUGAAAGACCAUGAUCAAAAAAGACAAAUUCAUGAAGCCAAAGAACAAAUAAUUAAUUUAGAGGAAAAAAUUAUUCGAGAAAAAAAUGAAAAUAUCAAAGAAUCAAAAAAACGAACACAAAUAGAAUAUGAACUUCAAACCAGCAAAUCCAAUUUCGAAAAGAAAAAUGCUGAAUUUGAAGCUCAAAAAAUACAACUUGAAAAUCGAAAAAAAGAAUUUGAAAAGAUUAAAAAAAAUGUUAGAAAAUUAGAGGAAGAUAAUGUUCGUUUAACAAAAAAUAAUGAUGUUCUUCAAGUACAAAUUGAUAAUGCUCAUAUGGAGUCCAGUAAAUAUACUAUGAGAAAUGAAAGAUUGACUAAUGAUUGUGCAAAUUAUGUAUUUCAAUUGAAAGAAAAAGAUGCUGAACUUGUACAAUUACGAAAAGAACAUGAUAAUGAUCAAAAGAAAAAAGAUCAACUAAACAAAAAUUUACAACAAGUUAGAGAUCAAAUUGGUGGAAUUGAACAACAACGAGAACGCUUACGUUUAACAAUAUUAUCAUUAGAACAAGAAAUAAUGCUGUAUAAAAAACAAAAAAAUGAAAAUCGUCAACAAUUUGAUACAUUAAUUCGCGAACGUGAAACAUUAAAUAAAACAUGCCAAAAAUUAAUAACUAAUAAUCGAAAACAAAUAGAUCAAAUGAAAAUGGUCGAGCAAUCAAAAACAACUUUAGAACAAGAUGUUAAAAUUUAUAAAGAAGAAGUACAGAAACAACAAAAAAUUAUUCUUCAAAUCGAAAAAGAACGAGAUCGUUACAUAAAUGAUGCUUCUAACUUAACAAAUGAAGUUGUCCUACUAAUGGACGAAGUCAAAAAGAGAGAAUCCGAAUCAUCUGGACCCAAGCAAAAAAUAAAGGAAUUACAAUCUCAAUUAAAAGAAAUACAAAAAUUGAAUGAAACAAUGGUAUUUGAACGUAGUUUGUAUUUAAAAAAUUCGACUGAAUAUCGAGAUGAAAUUGAUGACAAGAAACGUAAAUUAAAAAUGACAAGUCAUCAAGUAGAUCAAUUAAAAGAUCAAAUGCAAGAUAGAGAAAAAGCAUUAGUACAUACACAAGAUGAACGUGAUAAUAUUACAAAAGAAAAAAAUCAAUUAAUAUUCACUGUCGAACACUUAAAUAAUGAAUUGAAGAAACAAGAACAAGCUUAUAAAAUUGAACAAAUUGCAUUUGAAAAUUUAAAUAAAAAACUGACAAAUGCCAAUGAAAAAUAUGAAAAGCAAAUAAAACAAUUACAACAAGUUAUUGCUGAACGUAAUAUUCUUGGUUCACAACUUGUUCGUCGUAAUGAUGAACUGGCACUUCUCUAUGAAAAACUUAAAAUUCAACAAUCUGUCUUAAAUAGUGGCGAACUUCAAUAUAAAACUUGUCUUGAAGAUAUACGCAUACUAAAAUUAGAAUUAAAAAAAGUACGUCAUGAAAAAUCUAAUCUAUUAGAUAAAUUAUCUAAUACCGAUGAACUUAAGCGUGAAUUAUUCCAUUGUCAACGUGAAUUAAUACGUGAACGUACACGUUGUCAUGCAUUAGAAGAAGAAUUACAAAAUCCAAUAAAUAUACAUCGUUGGAGAAAAUUAAAAGGUAGUGAUCCAUCAACAUUUGAAUUAAUACAAAAAAUUCAAUUACUUCAAAAACGUUUAAUACAAAAAACAGAAGAAAUUGUUCAAAAAGAAUUAUUAAUACAAGAAAGAGAAAUGUCACAUGCUGCACUUAAACGUAUUUUAGCUCGUCAAUCAGAUGCGGAAGUUACUAAACAAUUAUCCGUAUAUCAAGAAACUCUUAAAGCUAACACAAGACAACUUAAAUCAUUGAUUGGUGAAGUCAAUAUGUAUGAAAGUCAAAUAGAUGAAUUUAAAAAUGAAGUUAAUAAACUAAAUCGACAAUUAGCCGAAUUACGACAGAAAUAUUUACUACAGAAGAAAAAAGAAUCUAUGGAAAAGGAAAGAAAACCUCUUGCUGAAUCACAUCAACUUACAGCAAUCAAUGAUGGUAUAACAUCGCAACAACUAAUGCCGUAUCAUAUGAAACCAAUGCGAUCAUAG